UGUUGUGUAAACGCAGGCCAUCAAAAAAUUUGGCCGCACGCAUUUCCCGAGUUGUAAAUAAUUGUAGAUUUUAAUUGAUAUUUAAGAGAUGCUGAAUAUAUUGCGACAACGCCAUGCGGCUCAACGAUUCCUACACACGACCACAAGUCGACCGGGCUAUAUUGUGCUCGUGCCUGAGAUUGGCGAGGAUAGUCCACUAGGGGAGGGGCUGCUGACGCCAAAUGGCUUGCCGGCAUUCAGUGACAUUACCAUCGAGAUGUGCCUGGGAGCGAUUGGCCAACAGGCAGCGGCCGUGGAGAAAUCCGUGAAAGCUUUGGAGCAGGACAUUCAGAGUGGCAAGAAGUUGAAUAGCUUCGAUAUUUACGGCGAACUGGAUGCAGUGACAGCACCGCUGGAGACCACGUGGGGUGUGGCCAAAGCGCUCUACCUCGGCAACAGCACCUUGAUACCCACCAAGUCAUAUAUGAAUAUACAUGAACGUGCUCGCAAUGCACGUGCCUCCAAGUUCUGCAACAAGACUGUUUACACGGCGCUGCUGGAGCAGGGAGAAGAAGCAUCUGGCUCUGGCGAGGCAGAGCAACGAUUGCGUCAAAAGUUUCUGCUAGAGGGCAAUUUAAAUGGACUGGCUUUAAGCCAGGACGGACAGGAUGGACUAAAGGAAGUGCUCACACAGAUGGGACGUGAGCGUGGCAACUACAAAAACAAGGUCAACAUGGCGGUGCAUGCGUUUGCCCAUGUGGUCAACGAUUUCCAGCUGGUGCGUGACUUUCCACCCACGCUGAUGGAGGCGACGGCGCGUGACCCCAGCCAGCCGUUGGAGGGUCCAUGGAAGGUGACGCUGCAACCGCAGAUUGUCGAGGGAUUCCUCAAAUACUGUCCCGAUCGCCUGCAACGCUGGAACGUGUGGCGAGCGAAUGCGAUAAAGGCAUCACAGCAGCAGGACAAAUCUCUUGAGAACAGCACGCAUCUGGAGAAGAUUCGUGCGUUGCGCAAGCGGCAGGCGAAUCUGCUGGGUUACUCGAACUUUGCCGACAUGUCCAUGCAGACGAAGAUGAUUGGCAGCGUUGACAAUCUAAAGCAGAUCUUUGCCAAGCUGCUCAAGUUCGCAGGUCCAGCGCAGAGUGUGCAGCUUGAGGAGCUGCAGAAAUUCGCCACUGCCAGCGGUGUUAAUCAUAAGCUGGAGGCCUACGACGUCAGCUACUGGCGGCGCAAGCAGCUCAUUGCCGAGCACCAGCUGCUGGAGGAUAAACUGUGCGAGUAUUUCCCACUUCCACGCGUGCUCUCCGGAUUAUUCGCGCUGAGCGAGAAACUCUUCAACAUACGCAUUUUGGAGCAACCCAAGACGGAGGUCUGGCAUCCCGCUGUCAAGUUCUACAAUGUCUACGAUGGCGACAGCAGCAACAGCUCGACGCCAGUGGGUGGCUUCUAUAUGGAUUGCUUCUCCAAGGAGCACAAGUUUGGCAAGAACAACGGCUGGAUGGUGGGCAUUAGGAACAGGAACAAAACGGCAAAUCUGACGCCUCUCUGUGCCCUCAUCUUCAACUUUACAGAGCCAAAGCAGGGCAAGUUUCCGCUCUUGGGCUACGAUGAUUUGCAAAUGGUAUUCAAGACCUUUGGCACGGGUCUGCAGCAUCUGUUGACCCAGGCGGGAUACAGUGACCUGGCCGGCUUAUCCAAUAUUGAAUGGGACGCCUCUCAGGUGUCGGGCUAUGUGAUGAGCAAUUUUCUGGAUGAUCCUGCUGUUCUACAAACCGUAUCCGGGCACUUUAGUAACGAUCAAAUUAUUGACACGCAGCUGGCGCAGAAGACGCGUCUGCUGAAAACUCAGCUGGCUGGUUACAAUCUCUGUCAGGAAUUGUACUUGGCGGAUCUCGAUGUAGAGCUGCAUCGCUCCGACGCCUUCUGGCUGGAUGUGGUUAAGAAAAUGUGGCCAGUUUAUCAGUGCAUGCCACUGGACAAGAAGGAUGCACAUCCCUGCUCCCUAACGGACAUCUUUGCCGGCGACUGGGCGGCCGCACACUUUAGUCAUUUGUAUUCCAAGCUGAUUGCGGCCGACAUCUCGAGCAGCUUUGCGGAGAAACACAAUGACGAGCACUAUGUGGCGGUGGGAAAGCGUUAUAAGCAAACGUUCCUCAGUUAUGGCGGAUCUGUGCCCACUGCCGAGGUAUUCCGACGCUUCCAGGGACGCGAUCCAUCUGUGGAGGCCUUGCUGAAAUCCCUGGACAUAUUCAAACCAUCGCAAACAACAGAAAACAAUUGAAUCAUUUACUGUUCAACCAAUGCCAACCGAUGACCAACAAAUGUGGUUAUCUAUUUGCUGUAUUUUUUUAUAGUUUAGAUAACGUUUGGCAUUAAUACUUUUAACUAAAAGUGA